GCAGUCGCAGUGGUGUUGAUACAGUUACUAAUUAAAGACCUAGCCAAAGGAAUACAUUCUGCAGUUAUGUAGCUGAAAUAAGGCGGACCCGACUAUGCUGGGCCCGGUUACUGUAAGCUACUUUUACGGUCUCAUUUGGGCCUGACAAGUGUUGUAGUUUCGUUUGUCUUACAGGCAGCUAAUUUUAGUAGCCACAUGCUAGCAGGCUAAAAAAAAAGGCUACCGUGAGUUUGUUUUUCUGUCUCGGCUAGCUAGUAGCCGUUCGAGUGAACGGACAGGCGGCUAACCUCGCUGCUGUAUAUGUUUUGAAUUCACCGAUGGUGUCUUUUGAAAAAUAAGUUAUCUUCCUCCUCCUCUAUACCAAGUGUCCAGCAAAGAUGUGGCAAAGUGUCGGGCUCACAUUGCUGGUCAUUGUGGCCACGCUGCUGUGUGCUCUUAUCUUCAUGCUGUGUGGUUGGUAUGUAGUCUGGCAGCUCUUCUUGUCCAAGUUCAAGUUCCUGCGCGAGCUCGUCGGGGAUGCGGCCGCAGGCCCUCAGGCUGAAACGCAACCGUCCGAAAGCAAGAGCGAACGCGCCGCUAACGUCCCCACUCGAAAUCGUCCCAGGACUGCACGCCAAAGAGUUGCCUUUCCAGAGAGCGGCACCUUGUAAGAUCAUCCACCGUGCACGCUCUCUCUUUGACACUAAAUUACAACAACCUUGAUGACACUCGCUCACUCUUGAACAUGGACGCUUUUUACUUGGACCGGGGCGGAUCUAAAAGGAAAAGCCAUUUAGCACACCAUCCAUUUGUAUGUUUGGACUUUGGACUGUUCACGUUCUUAAAGUGCAAUGAAAGGCUUGAAAGGAAGAGUCAGGGGGUAGUUUGAAGCUGCUACACACCGACACACACAAAUCAACGCUGCAGAAAAAAAAAAACACGCCUCUAGCAGCAAACCAUGUCCCCCCCCCCCCACCCCCCAAAAUCCUUUCUGCCUGCACUAGUGCCUGUCUGUAGAUGGCCACUGUUUAUCACAUCAUCCUCUUGUGUAGGCCUAUACCGUCUACAAUAAGUUAAUGGCCACUGUAGAAAAAAAAAAAAAAAAAGAAAAGCUGAGCAGUCCUUGUUGAUAUUUAUGUGAUCCAGCAUCCCUCCAAGUUACCUGUUGCACCUUUUUUAAUCGAUGACGAUUUCUGUGGAGCAGUUGCUUCAAACCAAACAUGUUGAGCCGAGUCCUCUUUGCUGCUCAAAUUGAAGCAUCACACUGUCAGAAAUGAAUGUCCUCACUAGUUCAUUUUUUUUAUAUAUUAAAAUCCUCAACAUUCUUUUAA